AUGUCAUGUUCAAAAAUAUUUUCAGGAAAUUUACCUGAAUUAACUUAUAAAGUUAUAAAAUAUUUUCAAAAUGAUUAUUCUACUUUACAUUCAUGCAUUUUAGUUAACAGAUUAUGGUGUCGUUUAGCGAUUCCAUUAUUAUGGGAAAAUCCAUUUUCAAUUCCUACUGGAAACUAUAAAUUUAUUGAAGUUUAUUUAAAUAAUUUAAAUGAUGAUUUUAAAACAAAAUUAAAUGAGCAUAAAAUUAUUAAUAAUUCAUUACCUUUAAAUACACUGUUCAAUUAUCCUAAAUUUUUAAAAAAUUUGAAUAUAUAUAAAUUUAUUUUCUCUGUUGAAAAAUGGUUUGAAACGACUAUUAGAACUAUAAAACCAGAAAAUAGAUUAUAUUCAGUAUCAGAUUUUAUAAGAUUAAUUGAUAUAUCAUUAUUUAAAAUUUUUAUUGAAAAUGAAGUAUAUUUACAUACUCUUGAAAUUGAGAUCUCAGGUACUUAUUAUAACACAUAUAUUGAUAAUAUUCUUGAAUUAAUUUUACAAAAUCCAAAUUUUAUUUAUAAUAUUAGAAAUUUAAAACUUUAUAUUAGUAGUUCAACUGAUUUCUGGUUUUAUACCAAUAGUAAUGAAUAUACAUUAAUUAAAUAUCAUAUAUUUCAAAUAAUUAAUUUACGUCAAAAUCUUAAAAAAAUUUUUUUAAGUUAUGAUAAUUUUUCUUUAUAUCAAUCAUUAUUAUUAUCAAAAGAUUAUAAUUGUUCAAAUACUUUAAAUACAAUCAUUUUUUAUUAUAUCGAUUUUAAAAGUAUAAUUAAUUUAAAUGAAAUAUUUGAACAAUUAAAUGUUUUAGAAUCCGUUCAUAUAAUUAAUUGUUAUUCCUUAAGUAUCAGUUUUACUCAACAAAUUAUUAAUUUAACUAAACCAUUUAAAUUAAAAUCUUUAUUUAUAAAUGAGAUAUCACAAAUUGAGCCAUUAGAAUUAUUAUUCCAAAAAUCUGGUGAUUAUUUAGAAAAUUUUGGGUAUGAUUUUGGAUUUAUUUAUAACUUAUUAUUUAAACAACAAUUAUUAGAAUUAAUUAUAAAAUAUUGUAAAAAUAUCAGAUUUCUUGAUUCAUGUGGAAAUGAUGACCGGAUUAUUCAUCUAGUAUUCAAUUUAAUUGAAAAUAUAAAACAAAAUCUUAAUUAUCUUUCGAUCAGUACAUCAUCAUAUGAUAAUAAUCGUGAAUGUAGUUCAAUUAUAUUACAAAAUUUAGGACAAAUUCUUCCUACUAAAUUAGAAUAUUUACGUUUAAGUAUUCAUCAUAUUAAAAUAAGUGAUUUUGAAGUAUUUCUAAAAAAUUCUCAAGAUACUUUUAUUAAGAAAUUAUUGAUUCAUAACACUACAGGUCAAGAUAUUUUACCCUCUAUAAAAAAUUAUAUUAUGAAAAAGAAAAAAGUUAAAUAUUUGUCUAUUUAUAAUUCUUACUUUGUAGCUAGAUUAUAUGAUAUUGUAGAUCAUAGUAGUGAUUUGUUUUCAUUUAAUAAUGAAGUGAAGGAAUUUGGAUUAUAUAAUAUUAAAGUACAAAGUUAUUCUAGCUUAAUGAUUCGCUUAAGUGAUUUUGUAAAGGAACUUGAUUAA